CGAGCCGAAGCGUUGGAAGAAACUCUCUCUUCUCUCGGCUCGUUAACGGGUCGUCGUCGUCGUCGUCAUUACCAUUGUCAUCAUCGUUGUCGUCGUCGUCGUCGACGGCUCUCCCUAAAUACGCCGCGCGUUCGCGAUCUGCGAUCGCUCACGGAGUGAGAGUGGCGAGACGCGUUUGUGACGGGGGGGAGGAAGGAAAAAAGGAAGACACACUCGGAGCGCGCGGAGAAGACCCAGAGAGAGACUGGAGAGAUAAAGUGUUGCCGGACUUCGGCCCGGUGAGAAGACCAGUAGAGAUGCUGAAGCAAUUGCAGAUGGGAAUGAGAGCUUUCCUCUUAAUGGCCUCCCGUGUGUGGACCUGCAUCUGCUUUCUACUCAAGAAGCAGGUUAGAGCCAUCUCGCAGAUGCAACCAGUCAAAUAUGAAAUCUUCCCACUUUCACCUUUAUCUAGGCACAGACUUAAUAUAGUUAAGAGAAAAGUAUUAGUAUUGGAUUUAGACGAAACGUUAAUUCAUUCUCAUCACGACGGAGUGGCAAGGCCGACUGUCAGGCCUGGUACCCCUCCUGAUUUUGUUCUUAAAGUUACAAUAGACAGACAUCCUGUUAGAUUUUUUGUUCACAAAAGACCGCACGUAGAUUUCUUCUUGGACAUUGUUAGUCAGUGGUACGAGCUUGUAGUUUUCACUGCAUCCAUGGAAAUUUAUGGGGCAGCAGUCGCAGAUAAACUAGAUAACAACAGAGGUAUCUUAAGGCGCAGAUAUUAUAGGCAACAUUGUACACCUGAAAUGGGUUCCUAUACCAAAGAUCUGUCUGCAAUCUGCUCAGAUCUUUCUUCAGUCUUUAUUCUUGAUAACAGUCCAGGGGCUUAUAGAGCCUAUCCACAUAAUGCGAUACCUAUAAAAUCAUGGUUCAGCGAUGCGGGAGAUACAGCUUUAUUAAGCUUACUUCCGGUCUUGGACGCUCUUCGUUUCACACAGGAUGUACGAUCCGUUCUUUCAAGGAAUUUACAUUUACAUCAUACUUGGUAGCAUAGUUGAGAUUAAGCGAUACACUAGAUAUUCUAGAAAUGAAGCUGUUAACAGUUUCAGUUAGUAUGUCUAGUUUAGGAUUAUUAUUGUUGAUAAUAGCAACAUAUUAGAUUGCUGCCCGUAUAAUGAGAGAUAAUGAGUGAGCCCCCUUCUUCAAUCAUUGUUCUUUCUUUACUCAACAAAUAGCAGCGAGUAAAUAGCGAAGGGAGGUCAUGCAUACAGCCAAUAAUUAUGUCGGCACAAAACAUCCUAGGAUAAUUCUUUAUGUUGUACAGUCUCCAUAUAUGCAAAAUUGUGAAAUGAAUCUUUUUUUUAUUUUCUCUGUUAUGUAAACCUUUGCCAAAGACCGAAAGAUAGGAAAAUGAGAUAGGAUUGCUUGCCAACAGGAUUUUUCGUUUUAGGUAAGGAUCACUUAAAGUUUUUAUUUAUAUAUGUAUUCUGGUGGCACACAUUAUGAAAGAAAGAAGAAAAGAAUAUAGAAAUGAAGUACUUUUGUUAUUGUAUAUUAUUCACCUAGGAUGUAUACAGAGAAAAAUAUACACUAAGUCAAACGGAUUCUGCUGUAACUCACUGUAUCAGUGAGGCAGCUAUUCUGGUUAUUUAUAAUAAGAAGUAUUAAUAUAAAACCAGGAAAAAGAGAGAAUCACAUCUGUUCUCUCAAACUUCCGUGAAAUGAAAUAUUACUAUAAUGAUCUAUAAUGUUGAUUGUGUUAGUAAACGCUCUAGACAAAGGGAGUUUAUGACAUUCACGAUUUACCAAUACUUUUUUAUAUGACACAAUUGCAACUAUUGUUCUAUAAGCGAAAAAUUUUUUUUUAAAUUCUAAUGAAAUUUGACAAAAAGUAUACAUACACACAUACAUACGUUUUUUGAACUUUUUCAUCGACUAUCAUUAUUAAGUGCUGUAAAAUUGACUUAAUAACUGUAACAAUAAAAUAGUAAAAUUGCUAAUAACAGGCAAAUCAUUCUAUACAAUCUUCUCUUGCUAGCAUUUUAGUAUAAAUAUUUGAUCAUUUGUAUAAGAAAACAUUUUUUAUAAGAUAAUCAAACAAAUGUUAUAUAUAAAUCCUAUAUAAAGAGAAAGUGUUGCAAUUUAUAACAUUUUCUUUAAUUGUAUAUAUGUGUUAUAUUUAAAUUUGUAUUAUUUUAUAAUAAAAAUUUAACUAACUAUAAAACUCGUUAUAUAUAAACUAUACUACAUGAUUGUAUUAUAUUGUCUUAUAUAUAUAAAAUUGUAGUAUAUUAUAUACUUGCUAUAGAAGUAUAUAUGUAUAUAUAAUAUAUAUAAUGCUAUAUAUAAUAUUGCACUGUAUCAUUUUCUUUAAUUAUUGAUAUUUAAAAUUAUGUAACAAAGAUAUAAAAAGUCUUACAAUUUAAAAACUUACAGUGUUCAGUUGUUAUAUUCGAUAAAUACGUUUGUAUGUUUUAUUGAAACUUUGUAAUCAAAUUUUGUUAUAAUAUUUAAGAAAAAAGAAAUGCAUUUUCUUCUUAUAUAUUGGAUUGCAUAAAUUAGUUGCUUUGUGCUCGCAAAAAGAAGAAGGAUCGAUGAAUCGCAUGUCAUAAGUUCUCUUUGUAUGGAAAUAAUGAACUCACAACAUAACACACAUACACGCCUGUGUACUUCAUUCGCUCAUUUAAUUAUAUAAUAGUAAUAUCGGACAUUAUACAAUUUGUACAUAUUACUCGGAAUGUAUUUAAUGCAGCGCGACUGAUUUUUGUAUGAAUGAUCGAUAUAUAAUGUAAGUUACGAAAUAUAUAUACGUAGAUUUCAUCUAAAAAAUAUU